UUCUCUUCUCCUUUCUGAACCUAAGUUCCUCUAGCCCCCCAUGUCCACACAAACACAUUCUCACUCAUCUCUCUCUCACACACACACACUCAAGUGUCAUUUUCUUACAUAUACUUCACACAAAAGAAACAACCAUUCACUACAUACUGCCUUGUCAUUGUUACUCUCUCUCUAUAUCUCAAAAAUCUCUGCAAAAACAACUUAACCUCAAACAAACAACAUUCUCAACAAAACCCAGAAAUCCCAUCCUCAUUUCUCUUUUUUUCUACCCUACCCACAAUAAAAAAAAAUUAGUCUUUUUGUCUUUGCAUCCUGAUUCGAGAGAACAAGAACUAGGGUUCAUCAUAUCUCUGGAAACCGACUGAAGAAUCUCUUACAGAAAACGAAGAAGAAAACGAGAAGUUAAAGCUUUCUUCCAUGGAGCUUUUUCCUGCUCAGCCAGACUUAUCCUUACAAAUAAGUCCUCCAAACAGCCAACCAUCAUCGACGUGGCAGAGAAGAAGACCAACAACAGAUCAAGAAGAUCAUGAGGAGCUCGACUUAGGGUUUUGGAGAAGAGCUCUUGAUUCAAGAACAUCUUCUCUCGUAUCUAAUUCCAGCUCAAAAACAACCAAUAAUCAUCAUCAUCAUCCACUCGAAGACCGCUCACUCUCUAACAACUCUCAUCGUCAUCAACAACAACAUCCGCACCUUCUCCCUAAUUGCAACGGCUCUAACAUCUUCACCUCUUUCCAGUUUCCUACACAACAACAACAACACUUGCAAGGUUUUCUUGCUCAUGACCUUAAUACUCACUUAAGACCCAUAAGAGGAAUCCCUCUAUACCAAAACCCUCCUCCACAUCAUCAUCACCGGCCUCCUCCGUGUUUCCCUUUCGAUCCGUCGUCUCUAAUUCCCUCUUCUUCGCCGACUCCCACCGGAAUCAACAACAAUAGCUUUGGUACCAGUAGAGUUAACCCUAAUCACCACAAUCAUCAGCAUCAUCAUCAGACUCUAAACCGAGCGAGAUUCAUGCCGAGGUUCCCAGCUAAACGAAGCAUGAGAGCUCCUCGGAUGCGAUGGACAACCACUCUUCAUGCCCGUUUCGUUCACGCCGUUGAAUUACUCGGUGGCCAUGAAAGAGCUACACCAAAAUCUGUUCUUGAGCUUAUGGAUGUCAAAGAUCUCACAUUGGCUCAUGUUAAGUCCCAUUUACAGAUGUACCGAACAGUGAAGACAACCGACAAAGCAGCAGCGUCGUCAGAACAAUCUGAUGUCUAUGAAAAUGGAUCUUCAGGAGAUAAUAACUCAGACGAUUGGAUGUUCGAUAUGAAUAGAAAAUCUAGAGAUAGCGAUGAAUUGACGAAUCCGUUAGAGAAAUCAAACGGUCGAUGGACCAAUUCUUCCGGAGAGGCACGUUUGCAUGGGAAGCUAAUCGAUAAUGUUGCAGAAAUUAUUCUACCUUCUGAGAAUGAAAUAGAUGGAAAGUCGUCAAGUUAUGAGAGGAUAUCAUCGGAAGAGAUGAGCUCAUCAAACAGCUCUGGAACCAGCCCCUUCAAGCCUAAUCUUGAGUUUACUUUGGGUAGCUAGCUAGUAGUUAAUUAGUAUUAAUCAACUCUUGUUUUGGCUAAUGACUAGUCUCGAUAUUCAUUUCAGUUGAAUAAGUGUUGUUUUAAGCUUAAAUCUCAAUAUCCUCUCGGAAGGUUGUAAAACGAUGUUCUUUUUCCCUCUCUACUGAGAAGAGCUAGUGAAAGAAUCGAAUACUAAAGGCACAAUAAAUGUUAUGUUUCUUUU